GGGAUUUUAAGAUCGAGAUUGGGCCUAAUAUAUACACAACCCAUCAGGUUGGCCCAAUAAGUCAUGCUCCAUUCUUCCUUCUCUUCAAAGAGCGUCCGGCAUGUUCUUACAUUCUGCAUCCAGAUUUCAGAGGGAAAAAAAAUGCAGCCAAAACUCAAAAUACUCAAGCUCUUUAAAAAAUCCCUUGCUCCAGUGCCUUAUCAAAUCAAUCGCUUGUUAGCCAAGCACCUAUCAACCAUUACCCAGUUUCCCCUCACCCACGACUCACCCUUCUCGCCUGAGUCUCCCAGCGGACUUACUAGGGACCCAAAACUCUCUGAUCCAGAAAAUGGAAAUUUUUUUAUUUCUCCACUUGCCAAUUGGGUCGAUAAUCCGACCCUUGAAAACUUCAAAAGCAUAGCAGCUGAGAGUGGCACUGGCGGGGACAUUGAUAAAGUAAAAGGAAUCCUUAAAAGACACUUCCCAUCCGAGGAUGCUGUUGUAAAGGCGUUGGAUGAGAGUGGAAUAAAUGCAACAAAUGAUUUGGUUUCGCAGCUUUUGGAGAGGUUUAGCAAUCAAUGGAUCACGGCUCUUGGUGUUUUCAUUUGGGCAAAGAAUCAAACAGGCUAUGUGCAUACACCUCGGUUAUAUGAUCUCGUGGUCGAUAUAUUAGGGAAGUGCAAGAAGUUUGGUAUUAUGUGGAAAGUAGUCAAUGAAAUGAAUGAGUUAAACGGGCAUGUUUCACUUUCCACGAUGAGCAUUGUAGUGAGGCGGCUGGCUAGUUCUGGUAUGUACAAAGAUGCUAUUGACGUACUUAGAGGGCUGGAGAAAUAUCGUGUGAAGAAAGAUACAGUGGCAUUGAAUAUGGUAAUGCAUGCACUGGCGAAGCAAGGUGGUGCUAAGGAUGCUUAUAGUGUCUUUUUAGAGUUUAAGGAUUCUAUAACCUUGGAUUCUCAUAGUUUCAAUAUUUUGAUACAUGGGUAUUGCGAAGCAAGAAUGUUAGAUGAUGCUAGAAAAACAAUGGAAGAAAUGGAGAAACACGGAUUUCGUCCUGAUGCUUCCUCGUACACUUGUUUUAUUAAAGCAUAUUGUCAGCAGAAGGAUUUUCGAAAUGUUGAAGUUAUAUUGAAUGAGAUGGGAGACAAGGGUUGCGAGCCUGAUGUGAUUGCAUAUUCUAUUUAUAUUCGUGCUCUAGGGAAAGCAAGAAAAAUAAAUGAAGCUUUGGAGGUUUAUGAAAAGAUGAAUAAAAAAAGUUGCAAGCCUGAUGCUAAAUUUUUUAGUACACUCAUCUACGUAUUAGGUCGGUCUGGAAGGCUUAACGAUGCGUGGUACGUGUUUGAGGAUAUGGAAAACCAUGGGGUUAGUCGGGAUUUGUGGACGUAUAAUGCCAUGAUUUAUCAUGCUUGUGCAAAUCGGCAAGGCAACAGUGCUUUAAAGCUGCUUGAGAGGAUGGAGGAGAAUUCUUGCAAGCCAGAUCUUGAGACUUAUCAACCUUUAUUGAAGAUGUGUUGCAAGAUGAAGGACAUGAAGGUGCUCAAGUUUCUGUUGAGUCACAUGCUCAAUAACAAUGUUAGCAUUGAUCUUAGUACAUAUGCUCUUUUGAUUCGUGAACUCGCUGGGAGCGGGAAACUUGAACAUGCUUGCUUCUUCUUUCAAGAUGCGGUGUUGAAUGGAAUUGUUCCCAAGGAAAGGACAUACGAGAUUUUACUGAAAGAACUCGGGCAAAAUAAUAUGGUUGAAAUGAAGAGGAAGAUCGAAAAGUUGAUGUUACAGGCGAAAGAGCAGAUAUGAUAUUGACUCUACUUGCCUUCUAACUUGUUAAGAUUCUUGAUUAGAGAAAAGAUUGAGAUAUUGGCGUUGCUAGUGUUCAAGGAUGAAACGUCUUGUUGUUCUUCUGUCAAUUUCUUAGUACCUAACUGUUGUUCUUGGCACCGUUCUUGUUCUAUGAUGCAUUCCCAGUUCCUCUUCCACCUGUCUUGUCAACUUCUGUUACUAAACUAAGAUGAAGAAUGUGAUCAAUUGGUAAAGAAUGCACCAUUGACCAAACUGGAUGA